GAGCUACCGAAGCAGCUAGCAGGACUUCAGCCUGCAAUUUCCCAUGAGAUUUCCCAUUGCGGAGGACUAAGAUGAAGGGAGCAGGAAUCUUGGUCCUGCUUGCCAGUGUAUGGAGUGGAGGCAUUGGGCUUCACCAUACUGAGCACUCCUGGACUGCGCCUGAGCAUGAAAACUCUCAGAAUGUAACUUCUGCCCCAGUUGCUCCCAACGAAACACAGAGUUUCCAAGUGUUGCCGACUACACAGCCCAUGUUAGUAGAAACAGCCUCAAUUCGUGAAGAGGGAACUUCUAAAGAGAAUCUGCCACAGUCAGCACGGCCAUUCUUAGAGACAGGUGCACCAGCGGAGAAUGUGAGAGACCAAACUCCUGCACCCACUGAAGUGAUCAAAGAAGUCAAGUUACAAAAUCCUUCUCUCCAGAAACAGUUGAGUGUCAAGUUCAAGCCUGGAGCAGAGUCAGUAGCACUUUCCAAUGCUACACUGAAAUUUCUUCAGAGCUUUGCCAGUAAGUCAAAGCAGCAAAUGAAGUAUCAAAACUCAUCCGCAAGCACAAGCACGCUAUCCCCCCGGGAGGCAUCCCUCAGCAGAGUGGACAGCAAUGGAAGCCAAGGACCUGGCCAUUCAAAGUCAAGUUUUGAAACAACUAGAGGAAAGAACUGGUGUGCCUAUGUGCACACCUCGCUGUCUCCCACAGUGAUCCUAGACUACCCCGCUUAUACUCCAGGAAGCAAAAGUCCCUGUGGUUGGAACAGUGGAGCCUGUGCUCAGAGGUUUCAGAAGAUAUCAACUCCUGUCUACAGGAUGCAACACAAAAUUGUUACUUCUUUGUAUUGGAGAUGUUGUCCUGGAUACAGUGGGCCAAAAUGUCAGCUAAAAGCCCAGGAACAACCGCAAUUGACGCACAGCAUCCAGGCUGAAAGUGCAGCUACUGGCAGAGCGACAAGCGAACAGCCACUACAGCAACAAGACUGCAGCGACUCAGUGGUAAUGCAAAAAAUGACCGACCACAUAAACUAUCAGGCAAUGAAAUUGACCAAUCUGCAGAAGAAAGUUGACAAUAUUACUUUGGCUGUGAACGAUGUGAAAAGCACAUAUUCCUCCCUGGAGGGGAAGAUCAGUGAAGAUAAAGGCAAAGAAUUUCAAUAUUUUCUAAAAGGUCUAAAAUCCAAAAGCAUUAAUAACUUGGUAAAAGACAUAGUAAGUGAGCACUUUAAAAUUUUUCAAAAUGAGAUGCAAGAGACUGUUGCUCAGCUCUUCAAAACUGUAUCCAGUCUAUCAACGGACCUUGAAAACACCAGGCAGUUGAUUCAACAGGUUAAUGAAUCUGUAGCUUCAAUAGAAGUCCAGCAAAAGACAGGUUUACGGCAAGAAAAUAUGCCUACUUUGCCUGACACAGUCAGUCUGAAGAAUCACAUUGCGGAUGUGAGACAGGAAAUCACUUCUGCCUGUGAGAAGUCCGUUAAAGAACUAGAAGCAAAGCAGGCUCAUUUAGAAAGUACCCUAACACAAGACCGUACUAGGAGCUUUGUAUAUUAUGACUCCCUCAAUAAAACUCUUUCUAAAAUGAACGAAGUGCAUGAGCAACUUUUAUCAGACCAGAAGAAUGUUCCAGCUGCUGCAUCAGUCAGCCAUAAUGGCACCGAGUACAUGUCUACUCUCAAUGAGAAUAUAAAGAAGCAGGGCUUGAUGCUGAUGCAAAUGUUUCAUGAUUUGCACAUCCAAGAAAGCAAGAUUAACAAUCUCACCAUCACUUUGGAGAAGGAGAAAGAAUCUGUCAGGGGAGAAUGUGAAGACCUGUUUUCCAAGUGCAGAAAUGAUUUUAAAUUUCAACUCAAGGACACAGAAGAGAAUUUGAAUGUGUUAAACCAAACUUUGGCUGAGGUUCUCUUUCCGAUGGACGACAAGAUGAAUAAAAUGAGUGAGCAACUGAAUGACUUCACAUAUGACAUGGAGAUUCUUCAACCUUUGCUGGAGCAGGGGGCAUCUCUUAGACUGGCAGUGGCGUAUGAACAAACAAAGGAGGCAGUACUUACACAGAAAAGGAUGGAGACUCUAACAAGUGAUGUCGAUAGACUGAAUAUUCUUACCAAAGAACUUUUAAAAAGAUACAACCUACUUGUAAAUGAAGUGCAGAGACGUGGUGAUACCUGUGAAAGGCGAGUGAAUCAGUAUGCCCUGGAGAUGGAAGAUGGCCUAAACAAGACCAUGACUGUUAUAAACAAUGCCAUUGACUACAUGCAGGAUAACUACGUGCUCAAAGAGUCUUUAGGUGCCAUUAAGAAUAAUUCUGAGGCCCAUAAUACAUGUUCCCGACAUAUGGAAACCAUUUUGGCAUUUAUGUCUCAAUUUCAACGCUUGAAUGAAUCUAUUGAGAAUUUGACUAAUGACAACCAGAAAUAUUACUUUGUUUUGCAAGUUGCCAAAGCCCUUGCAGAUAUUCCUAACGAUGGGAAAUCAAGUCAGUUAAACUCUCUGAAGAUUUAUCAAAUGUUCAAUGAAACCAUUUCCCAAAUUAUAAAGUACCAGCAAAAUAUGAGUCAUUUCGAAGAAAAAAUACUAUUGGCCACCAAGAUUUCCAAACAUUUUGAAACUCAAUUGCAAGAGAUUGAGUCUAAAAUGACCCAGUCACUCAUCCCUUAUUAUAUUUCACUUAAAAAAGGCAAUGUGGCCACUAAUGAUAAAAACCAAGCCCUUCAACUGCAAGUAUUAAAUUCCAGAUUUAAGGCACUAGAAGCAAAAUCCAUCCAUCUUUCAGCUAACUUGUCUUUACUUAACAAAACUCUCAAUGAAGUUUUAACAAUGUGUCUCAGCACUUCUACAAAUAUAUUAGAACUGAAUGCUACCAUACCUACAUGGAUAAGAAACUCUUUGCCAGACACUCAGCUUCUUGAGAAAGCCCUUACAGAAUUUGUGCAAUCAAUAAUUGAGAUAAAAACUCAAGCUGUCCUGUCUAAUUUAACUGAAUAUAUAGAUCGAUCGUUGUCUGGCAGUCUGGCAAAUGCUGUCAAGUCAAAGAAGCAAGCAAAAUCGUUACUGAAGAAAUCUAGUACGUUGAAGAAACCAACAGUGAAUCUUACCACUGUCCUGAUAGGCCGGACUCAAAGAAACACGGACAACAUUAUGUCUCUAGAGGAGUACUCGGGCUGUAGCAGCCUCCCGUGCCAGAACGGGGGCACAUGUAUAAAUGGGAUUUCUGGCUUUACCUGCGCUUGCCGGCAUCCUUUCACGGGUGACAACUGCACUGUUAAGCUGGCGGAAGAAAACACUUUACCUCCAGAUUUUUCCAAAGGCUCUUAUACACCGAUGGUGGCAUUUUUUGUGUCUCACAAUUAUGGAAUGACUACUCCUGGUCCUAUCCUAUUUAACGAUUUGCACGUCAAUUAUGGUGCUUCGUAUACACCAACAACAGGAAGAUUCAGGGUUCCGUACCGUGGAGUCUAUGUGUUCAAGUAUGCCAUCGAGUCAUUUAGUUCUCAUCUGUCUGGGUUCUUAGUGGUGGAUGGAAGAGACAAGUUUGCAUUUGAGUCUGAAAAUACUAACAACGAAAUUCACUGUGAUAGGGUAGUGACGGGAGAUGUCUUAUUAGAAUUAAAUUAUGGGCAAGAAGUGUGGGUGCGACUGGUAAAAGGAAGCAUUCCGCGGAAGUCUCCCCCUACUACUACAUUUGGGGGUUACUUGUUAUACAGAACCUAAGCUGGUAUGAGACAGACUCUCACCUGUUCUGAGAAACAGCCAAUGUUUCUGUUUGUCU